GUGAGAGAGAGGGAGAGAGAGAUCGUAAGACACCUAAAGAGAAAAUCACUGGCACAGCUCAUAGCGUGAGGCCACUGGCAGCAGAGCAGGAGUGUUUGUAGGAAAGGUGAAAGCUGUUUGGAGUGUUCAUUAGUCUUGUCAUUGGAUGUUUUGCACUAGUUUAUAAUGUAAUGGAGCUGUGACAGAGAGAAAAAAUACACAUCUGUCUGUUUACCCGGAUAUUCCAGUUGACGUUUAGACAGAGCUGAGAAUGAUGGCUGAAGGGAAGUUUGCCAGCCUGCCCCGAAACCUGCAUAUUAGUCGCCAGUGCACCUUGGCCUCCUCCAUGGACCUGCUGAGCUCUGGCAUGACAGAGGUGCCUUCCACUAGCUAUCAGGGAAUCUCUAUCCAUGGCACCCUGCCUCGAAAAAAGAAGGGAGGUGCUGCCGCUCAUUCUAGGAUGUGGGAGACGUGCGGGUCGCUUCAACGCCCAACACGCUGCCGCCUGCCCUCUUCACCACUCAUACAAAACAUCAUAGAAGAGAACCAUCCUUUUCAGACAUGGAGGGAGGACUACACAGUACAAAGGGACGCUGGAAGCUUGGAUCCUACCGUGGAGUAUGUCAAGUUCUCCAGGGACAAGCAUAUCAUGGAUGGAGCUCCAGAGAAGCUACGCCGGGAGCUGGAGGAAGAGCUAAAACAGUGUGGGGAGGAACCUCACAGCCAUGCAUGGUACCAUGGAGCCAUUCCAAGACAGGUGGCGGAGAACUUGGUCCAGCGUGAUGGUGACUUCCUGAUCCGUGACUCGCUGUCUAGUCCAGGAAACUACGUCCUGACAUGCCAAUGGAAGAACAAUCCCCAACACUUCAAAAUAAACAAGAGGGUUGUGGUGAUGAAUGAAGCCUACUCGAGAGUGCAGUACCUGUUUGAGAAAGAGGGUUUCGACAGCAUCCCUGCUCUUGUAAGAUACUACGUGGGUAACCGUGAGCCUGUGUCUGAGGUAGUUGGAGCCAUUAUCUUCCAACCCAUCAACAGGACUCUGCCACUGAGGUCCUUAGAGGAAAAGUAUGGAGUUGGAUCUGUCCAUACCACAGAGUCUGGCUACAGAGAGAAGAAGAACAAGAGCUCUAAACGACUGAGCUUGAAUAUCAUGAACGGACACGUUCCAGAUCACACCCUUGGCCGUGGUAACCUCCUAAGCAACAAAGACAAGUGCGGAAGCCAGCCAGCAUGUCUAAACCACGUUCAGGAGAGGAGACGGCCGUUGAAGACCCAUCAGUCUGAGAGUUUCCUUCCGCUCGGAUCAAGACCUCAUGCCCAGACCCACCAUAUGGAGGCUCAGAUGUGCCCAAAAUCUUCUGUAUUCAGGACAGGCAGUGAGCCAGCCCUCAGCCCUACGGUCCCUCGCAAGGUGGCCUUUGAGACACAAGCAGGUGAAGCCAUCCGUGGUUCUGACAGUCAGCUCUGCCCCAAACCACCUCCUAAACCCAGCAAAGUGCCCUCCACGAGGCACCCUCACUCGCCCUUUGUAACUCCGGGACCCCCAGUGAAGCCCCAGAAACACUGGCCUCCAAGCCCACAGCAGUCAAUCAGCCCAGUUAGCUCAGAUGUGAGCUACUGUGAGCUGAGCCCAUGCAGUCCUGCUGAGUGGGAAAGACUUAGUGCUUCUAAUGGUUAUGUGGCGAGGCUGAAUGCGGAGGAGAAAAGAAUGAGCAGUGGGAGCAUGAAGUUGGAUCGUAGCUCUUACCAUCAUGCCAUCGAAGCCCUGCAGAACAGCAGUGAGGACGAAGACAAAGAGCAGGAAAAAGAGCAAAGACAAACACAACACUCCCGUACCAAAAAGACUAGAGAAUUCUGGAGGCCUGUGUUUGAGAUGGUCUCGGCAUUCAGGCCAGGGGAGGUGGAGUUCAGGUUAUUGCCAUCAGAAAAUAAACCACUGGAAAUGUCUGUGCUAAAGAGAGCCAAAGAACUGCUGGUCAGUCGGGAUCCCAAAACCAUUGCCAGGCACAUCCUGCAAGCCGAUUGUGAGGUUGCACGGAUUCUAAAUGUUUCAGACGAAAUGAAAUGUCAGAUGGGUGUGACCUCAGGCUUGGAGUUGGUAACCCUACCACACGGGAAGCAGCUCCGUCAGGACCUCAUGGAACGGCAUAACACUAUGGCGAUCGGGGUUGCCGUGGACAUCCUGGGCUGUACAGGAAGCCUGGAGGAGAGAGCGGCCACGCUAAACCGGAUCAUUCUGGUUGCCCAGGAGCUGAAAGACUCAAUGGGAGACCUUUAUGCCUUCUCUUCCAUAAUGAAAGCACUGGACAUGCCUCAGAUCACGAGACUGGAUCACACGUGGACGUCCUUACGCAGGAAUUACACACACACCGCCAUCCUUUACGAGAAAUCUCUCAAACCAUUCUAUAAUGGCCUAUAUGAUGGGAAUGCAGAGGUUCCACUAAACAGUGCCACUGUGCCGUUGUUGAUGCCUCUCCUCACCCUGAUGGAAAGACCAGUAGUUGCAUUUGAGGGGAUGGAGCUCUGGGAAAGCAAUGACCAAGGUUGUGACAUCAUGGUGCGCCAUCUUGAGGAAGCCCGUGCUGUUGCACGCAAUGCCGACACCUACUCCUAUAAUGCCAAGCGAGUCCUGCAAGAUUUCUGUCCUGAUGAGGACAUGUUGGAGAUCCUGAAGACUGAUUUUCAGUUACGCCUACUCUGGGGCAGCAGAGGGGCCGGGGUAAACCAAACAGAAAGACAUGACAAAUUCAAGCUCAUCCUGACUGCACUGUCCAGAAAACUAGAGCCUCCGGUUAAACAGACAGAACUCUGAGGAAAGAAGACACAGAUGGGUUUAAAGCACCAAAUGGAAGGAUGUGAAAUACUCAUUUAGAUGACACAUGGCCCAAUAGAACUGCUAUGAAGAACAGAAGCUCUUUUACAAAUGCUUUGGUACAAUGUAUUACAAAUAAACCUUAACACAGACUCUGGAAUAAAACGCCUAAUACAUCAGAGUGUUUUCUGCUCUAUGUAUAGUAUCACACAUGUUGGACACCCAGAUAGACAUAGGUACAGAAAAAAGACAACAGGAAACAUUCACAUAACAUAAGUGGCGAUUAUACUGUACAGUUAACUCCAUUAUUUAAAGGAUGAUCAGAACGACAAAUGGAUAGAACUAUGGCUGUUCUGGAUGUUAAAAAAGUGCAUUUCAUAUUUAUACAGUACAUUAACAGUUGGUCAGUCAAUGCUUUUAGUCUAGAACUGUAUUGUAAAGAAUAAAAUUGUUGCAAUGUGUGAAAGUAAAAGAUGCAUUCCUGUAAAAACAGUGUAUAUAAUCGUUAUUACGAUAAACAGGUGAAUGCUAAUGAUGUAAUAUAGUUCAUUCGUAUUUGUCCGCCAUGUAAAUACUCAAUUUUAAUAUCUUUCUAUGAAAUGUCGCAAGUGUAUAGAUAAACAAGUCUAAAUAAAAUGUCUAACUCAA